AUGGUGGGCUUGCUGCCGCUGCACCUCGCCCUGCUCCAGCAGUUCCUGCAUGCCGUCCUUGCUACACCUGUCGCCAGCGGGCAGCAGAUAGUUCUUGGCCCCGAGGCUGGAGACGCAGAUGCCGUUGCUCCAGAAAGCUCCCGUCGUUUACACGGGAAGUUUCUACACAUCACAGACUUUCACCCUGACCAGUUCUACAAAACUCACUCCUCUACUGAAGAAGGUCUCGCCUGCCACCGAGGUGAUGGAUCCGCCGGCUACUACGGCGCGGAAACCUCCGACUGCGAUGCACCGAGCUCCCUUGUGAAUGCCACUUUCGACUGGAUCGCUGCCAAUAUCGCAGACGAUAUCGAUUUCGUCAUCUGGACCGGUGACACUGCACGUCAUGACAGUGAUGAGGAAAUCCCUCGUAAUCCUGCGCAGGUGCUCGGCACCAACCGGUGGGUUGCCGACAAGUUUGCCGAGACCUUUGGCGACCCGAAAGACUCUACGCGCAUGGCCGUUCCCGUAAUCCCUACAUUUGGAAACAACGACAUCCUUCCGCACAACAUUCUCUUGCCGGGACCCAACAAGUGGCUGGGAUACUAUGCCGAGAUCUGGAAGCGCUUCAUCCCCGAAGAGCAACGCCACUCAUUCGAGUACGGUGGCUGGUUCUACGUCGAAGUGAUCCCCAAGAAGCUGGCAGUCUUCAGUCUCAACACGCUGUACUUCUUUGACCGAAACGCCGGUAUCGAUGACUGCCAGCAACCUUCCGAGCCGGGCUUCAAGCAGCUGGAAUGGCUUCGCGUGCAGCUAGGAUUCCUACGUGAGCGCGGCAUGAAGGCUAUCCUCAUGGGCCACGUGCCUCCUGCUCGGACGGACAGCAAGAAGAAUUGGGACGAGACAUGCUGGCAAAAGUAUAAUCUUUGGAUGCAGCAGUACCGCGAUGUGGUUGUUGGUUCGCUCUACGGCCAUAUGAACAUCGACCACUUCAUCGUGCACGACACCAAGGAUGUCAACAUCAACAUUCUGGGCGGGUACGCAGUUGAUGACGAUGUCGGACGUGAAGCACUUGAUGACGAACUUGGGAUCCAAUCGGCACAGGAUUACCUGACAGAGUUGCGACAAGGCUGGGCGAAGCUUCCUCCUGUCGACGCCAAUGCGCUGGAGGAGGACGGGUCAUACGACUUGGAAGCACAGAGCAAGAAGGGCAACAAGGACAAGAAGAAGAAAAAGAAGCCUGGAAAGGACUUGGGCGGCAAGUAUGCGGAGCGAUACCACCUAUCUUUCGUCGGCCCCAGCAUCGUGCCCAACUACUUCCCCACGCUCCGUGUCAUGGAGUACAACAUCGCCGGCUUGGAGGACGCAUCAGUCUGGAUAGACUCAUUCACUAAGGCGGCGCCGUCAGUGCUACUCUCGGCCGACGACGAUCACAUCUACGAGGACCUGAAGCACGACAUCGACGCCGCCCGGAAGAAGAAGAAGAAAGGCAAGAAAGGGAAAAAGGAAAAGAAGCCGACGCCCAAGGACCCCAACCUGGUCAUCCCGCAACCGCCACCUGCAGGCACCGGCCCUGGCCCGGCCUAUGCGCUCCAGCCCCUGACCUUCCUUGGAUACACUCAGUACUUUGCAAACCUGACCUACCUUAACAACGACAUGACGCAAGAGACCGAGGAUGCGUCUGGGACAAGGUGGCGGGACGGCAUUCACAAAGACAAGGACCCCAAGUCCAAAAAGCCAAAACCGCACCCCUUCGCGUUCGAGGUUGAGUACAGCACCUUCACCGACAAGAUCUACAAGCUGUCGGAUUUGACGGUACGGAGCUACGUCAAGCUGGCGAACCGCCUCGCCAAAGAGAAUGCCAAGGGCAAGGCACUUGACGAAGACUUUGAAGAAGAAGACGAGGACGAAGAAGAAGAGUUGGACGAUCAGAAAGGCACAUCAGACUUGGGUGAAGAGGACGACGAUGGGGACGAAGAAGUCGUAGAUGAUGAAGAUGGUAUAGAAGUAGAGAAAAAGAAGAAGAACGGCGGCAAGAAAGGCAAGAAGGGGAAGAAGAACAAAAAGAAGCACAACAAGGUGUGGCUGCAUUUCCUCAAGCAUGCGUUCGUCAGGACUGUACCUCAGAAGAAGCUCAAGAAGUUUUAG